UUCUCUCUCUCUCUCGGUGGGGUUAAGGAACAAGAAAGAAAAUUCCUUUGCCCAUGUCAUCUGUAAAAGAGAUCCUAAAGCGCAAGCCGGUGAACGCUACAAUCCGGCUGACUGUUCCUGCUGGUGGUGCCCGACCAGGUCCACCUGUUGGACCAGCCCUGGGCCAGUAUCGUCUUAACUUAAUGACCUUCUGCAAGGACUUCAAUGCUCGAACCCAGAAGUAUAAACCUGACACCCCAAUGGCUGUUACCAUCACUGCUUUCAAAGAUAACACCUUUGAAUUCACAGUUAAGUCUCCUUCUGUCACUUGGUACCUCAAAAAGGCAGCUGGAAUUGAGUUUGGAAGCCGUCUCCCUGGCCAUGUUGUUGCAUCGGUGUUGACUCUGAAGCACAUAUAUGAGAUAGCUAAGAUAAAACAGUCUGAUCCUUAUUGUCAGUACAUGUCAUUGGAGGCAAUCUCCAAAUCAAUCAUUGGAACUGCUAAUAGUAUGGGAAUUAAGGUUCAGAAGGAAUUAGAUUGAUUUAAGAUUCUGGGAUUUUUUUUGUCUUGUUGAAUAAAUGAGAGCUUGACUUUAGGGGUAUCCCUUCGUUCAUU